UUUUAUUUUACCAAUCUAACACAUUACUUUGGUGGGGGAGGGGCAUUGUCCCCUCAAAGGCCACAGGCUGCCUCCACCUUUCUCUGAGUACUUUCAUAUGAAGUGCUAGAAGAGGAAAGACGAUUUAUCUAUCUUGUGUCCUUCAGGUACUGGACUCCUGGAAACUGACAGGCCUCGCUUAUUGUUAAUCGUUUUGUUUGUUUUCUCCUCUGUUCCUCAUGUGCGCUCUGGAUGUGUUUCCUUCUCCUUCUUCUCUUGCCGCGUUAGUUUUUUAAUGCCUGAAACUCGUCCACGACAUGCCUAAGAGACGAGAUGGGCCAGGGCGACGAAAGCGAUCGCAUUGUGAUAAACGUGGGAGGAACCAGACAUCAGACUUACCGCAGCACCCUGCGCACCUUGCCCGGCACACGUUUAGCCUGGCUGGCAGAGCCUGACGCCCACAGCCAUUUCGACUAUGAUCCUCGGAUUGACGAGUUCUUCUUCGACCGCCACCCUGGCGUUUUUGCGCACAUACUCAACUACUACAGGACCGGCAAGCUACACUGCCCGGCGGACGUUUGCGGUCCCCUGUAUGAGGAAGAACUUGCCUUUUGGGGCAUUGACGAGACCGAUGUGGAACCUUGUUGCUGGAUGACCUAUAGACAGCAUCGGGACGCAGAAGAAGCUCUGGAUAGUUUCGGCGGAGGGCCUGUGGAUUUGGGGAGCAAGGAUGGUGCCGAUGGAGACGGCAUGGGGGAUUCAGGUGACGGCGAAGAUGAGCUGGAAAUGACCAAAAGACUGGCAUUGGGGGACUCCCCCGAUGCUAAAUCUGGGGGGUUGUGGCGGCGCUGGCAACGGCGCGUUUGGGCACUAUUCGAAGAUCCAUAUUCUUCUAAAUAUGCAAGGUGGGUGGCCUUCGCCUCCCUGUUUUUUAUCCUGGUGUCCAUCACGACGUUCUGCCUGGAAACCCAUGAGGCCUUUAACCCAAUCACCAACCGAACAGAGGAGGAGAAAGUGGACAACAUGACUGUGCAGCACAUCUACCAGGAGACUGAAACUGUGGCAUACCUGACCUACAUCGAGGGAGUAUGUGUGGUCUGGUUCACAUUUGAGUUCCUCAUGCGCAUCACCUUCUGCCCUGACAAAGUUGAGUUUAUCCGCAACUCACUCAAUAUUAUUGACUUUGUGGCCAUUUUGCCCUUCUACCUGGAAGUGGGGCUGAGCGGCUUGUCUUCCAAAGCAGCCAAGGACGUACUAGGCUUCCUGAGGGUUGUCCGUUUUGUGCGAAUUUUGAGGAUCUUCAAGCUGACCCGCCAUUUUGUGGGGCUGAGGGUCCUGGGUCACACCUUGAGGGCCAGCACCAAUGAAUUCCUUCUUCUGAUCAUCUUCCUGGCGCUGGGUGUCUUGAUCUUUGCCACCAUGAUCUACUAUGCUGAGCGCAUCGGUGCUAAACCCAAUGACCCAAGAGCCAGUCAACAUACGCACUUCAAAAAUAUCCCAAUUGGGUUCUGGUGGGCUGUUGUCACCAUGACCACUUUGGGCUAUGGAGACAUGUACCCUCAGACCUGGUCUGGCAUGCUCGUAGGGGCGCUUUGCGCUCUUGCUGGUGUGCUAACCAUUGCAAUGCCUGUGCCAGUCAUCGUCAACAAUUUUGGAAUGUACUACUCCUUGGCAAUGGCUAAGCAGAAGCUACCAAAGAAAAAAAACAAGCAUAUUCCCCGGCCACCCCAGCUGGGAUCUCCCAAUUACUGUAAGUCAGGCGUAAAUUCGCCUCACCACAGCACUCAGAGUGACACCUGUCCCUUGGCCCAGGAAGAGAUUUUAGAAAUAAACAGAGCAGAUCCGAAAGUGAAUGGCGAAGCAGACAAGGCGGCGUUGGCCAACGAAGACUGCCCGCAUAUAGACCAGGCUUUGUCGCCUGAGGAUGGCCAGCUCUUUAGCCCAGUCGAGAGAUGUGAACAUCCCUGCUUCCUCUUAACAACCGGGGAGCUGGCUUGCCCAUCUGGGGGAAGAGUGAGGAAGGAUCCCUGUAAAGAGGAUUCUGUCGUUUCUAAGUAUUUGCAAGCAGAGGCAGUCAAGGUGACCUGAACAGGUGGACUAUUUCUUAAAGGUGGACCAAACUAUAUAUUUUUUUUUUUCCUUUUCACUGCCCAUUUGUUACUGGGGAGGGGGGGAUGAACAGUAGCACUGGGAAAAGAAGAAGAAUGAUGAAAGUAUAAUGCUCAUAAAAAGAAAAAAAUACUCACAUGCAAAACCCUGAAGGAUAUGAAGACAGUCGAGUUGUGUUUUUUCUUUUUUCUUUUUUUUCUGAGCUCACGUUCACUUGUUUUGAAACUGGCUCCAGAUGAGGCAAAAAGGAUGACCAUACCAACAAAAAAAGAAAAGGACACACAGUAGAUGUGAGCAACAGCAAUGGACUCACCAUCUGAAAGACUAGAAGACUCCUAUCUGUUCAUUUAGCAUGAAUUGCAUGAUAUAUUAUCAGGAAAAACCUGUAAUUGUAAUGAUUAUCUUUAAGAAAAAAAUAUAUAUUUUCUUUCCAGAGCUCCUUUUACAUACAUUCAAUGUAGCUAAAAUGUAUCACAGUAUAAAAUUGUACUUUUUAUUUAUUUAUUUUGAAACUGAUUGCUUUCACUCUGUUUUUGUAUAGAAAAUAUACUGUACAAAAGUGACAGUUUUUAAGACAAGUGUGCAAUCAGACCAGUCAUCGGUCAUAUUGACCCUCAUAUAGGCUUAAAAAAAAUCAGAUGAACAAGGGACAAAAAGCAGAGAUUAGCAAGUUGCGUCUGUGUAGUUUUAAUGAUUCUUUUAGAUCUGUUUCCGUUGGCAUGCUUGUGACUAUGGACCUGAUAAUACCCAGCUGGGCUAACUUUAAAUAUAUUUUUUAAUUUUG